UGGAACCACGCGGGUCUCCGGCGUCUGUCUCGGAGUGUCUCGGGAGGUGCGAUGCGGCCCCUCACGGAGGAAGAAACGCGCGCGCUCUUCGAGAAGCUCUCCAAAUAUAUCGGUGAGAACAUCCAGCUCCUGGUUGACCGGCCAGAUGGUGCCUACUGCUUCCGCCUGCACAAGGACCGUGUCUAUUACCUCAGUGAGAGGAUUCUGAAGCUUGCUACAAACAUCCCCCGAGAGAAUCUGGUAUCUCUCGGCACCUGCUUUGGAAAGUUCACCAAGAGCCAGAAGUUCCGACUCCACAUCACUGCCCUGGAUUAUCUUGCUCCCUAUGCCAAGUACAAAGUGUGGGUGAAGCCUGGGGCAGAGCAGUCCUUCCUUUAUGGGAACCACAUACUGAAGUCUGGCUUGGGGCGCAUCACAGAGAGCACUGCCCAGUACCAGGGUGUGGUGGUAUAUUCCAUGGCUGACGUCCCCCUGGGCUUUGGAGUGGCAGCCAAGUCCACCCAGGAGUGCCGGAAAGUGGACCCCAUGGCGAUCGUGGUUUUUCACCAAGCUGAUAUUGGAGAAUACAUACGGCAUGAAGAGACGCUGACAUAAACGGCAGGGCAGAAAGCCCCAAAGACUGACUUUCCCACCCUCCUCAGAUAAAAGCUGCAGGCUUUCAACCAGCCUGUGGCCCUUUUCAUGCAGACUGUGGAAGGUGCAACGGUGUAGGUUGUUUAACUGCCAGCAAAAUAUCUGUCUACCUCCUGAUGGCCACAGUGAGACUGUAGAUGAGUCACAAAACUUUGGGAUGUAGCUGCAGGCCUGGCAGUUCUAGGGACAGAGCUACAAUUCUGACACAGUAAAGCUAUUUCAUUUUUCUCCUUU